AUGAAAAUUGUGAAGUUUUAUAUUUCAUUUAUUCUCAUUUGUUACCAUUAUAAAAAUUCUGCUGCUAAUAUUUUGCUGCAAUCUUCAUCGAAUUCGUCAAUUCCCAAUUUUAUAAGCUGGUUAAUCAAUGAGAAUAAUAAGAGGGAACCGCAGAGAAAUCAUAACGUGGUUUUAAUCGAUCUUGAAUUAACUUAUAAAACUGAAAUAUUCAACAAUACUUUGGAGGAAAUAUUACGCAGUAAUCCUGACAACGCCGUAAUGACCAGCAAACGUACAAAGAGAAUUCCACCAUAUCGAAUCCACACAGCAUCCUUUAUUAUCAUCAUUUCCGAUUUAGAUGACUCUAUUAAGAUCGCUGCAUGUAUCCAUAACAUUUUCCUGUUUAACAAAUGGCAAGAUUCUACAAAAUUCAUUUUUGUGUCUACACUUCAAGAAUCAGUACAUCGCAAAAUCUUUUUCAUUGCAUUUGAUUCAAUUGGAGUGUUGAAUAAAAUUUUACUUCGCGUUAAUCAAGGAUUAUUGGAAGUUUUUUCCGCAAAAUAUUUCCUAAGAAAAAUUUAUUCACAUGGAGUUAAAUCUCAAAUGAACUUAGAUCAACUUUUUCCGGAUCAAUUAAAAAAUCUUCAUGGAUACACAUUUCAAAUAUUACAUAUUCAACAAUAUCCUCGUUUUAUGAAAGUUGCAUAUAGAGACUUUAGAGGAAUAGAUGUAUGGAUGAUGCAAAUAAUAACAUUGAAAUAUAACAGCAGAAUGAAUUUUCCCAUAUCAAUUCCAUGGACUGGUUACAAGAACAUUUCAAAAUUUAUUAUAGAAAUGAUUAAUAUUCGAACACAGAAGUCUUUGGAUUUAACACUCUCAACAAUAGUCACGUUAUCUGAUCUAUCUACAAAAUAUAUAAACACUUAUGAUGAGAAUGGGUAUUGUGCUUUAAUUCCGUUGCCACCACGACUCACGUUUUUACAUUUCAUCUUGACUCCUUAUGACACAUUAUCUUGGAUGUUUAUGAUCGGUCUGGUUAUAAUUUGCAGUAUUUUAUGGAAGUUGAGUUCGAGAAAUAACCAGCGAAAAGAUUCAGCGUUUUAUUUCUUUUUAAUUCAAGUGGCAAAUUUUUUGGGUCAAUCGAUUCCUUUUAGAAAUUCUCGACGCAUUCAACUUUUACUGCUUCAAUUAUGCAUUAUGAUGACAUUCAUCAUGGGAAAUGCUUAUCAAUCUUUAAUAAUUCCUUCAAUGUCAAGAUCUCGGGAAGGCUUAAGAAUUAAAACGUUUGAUGAAUUGAUUAAAAGUAAUAUUUCGAUAGCUGUUACUACAGGUUUUUAUCAUAUUUUAAAUCAAUCGAAUGAAUUUCCAACAUUAAUAGAACGGAGCAAAGUGAUACCUAAUCAUAUAAAAUUUACAGAAUUUGGACAAAAUCGAACUGCUCUAGUUAUGCGUUGCGACUUAAUAGAGUCCGCUUUUUUUCAUGAAAGGCACGGACAAGUUACAACCAAUCUUUAUUACAUUUUACCAGACAAAAUAAUGAAAUUUUAUGAAAAAUUUCUUAUAAAUUCUUAUAGUCCAUUCUAUGAAAUGCUUCAAAUGAAUUACAAUAAGUUGUUUGAGUCAGGGAUAAAACAAAAAUAUGAAAAUAAAUUUAAUAUUAAUGUCAAGAAAAUUAUGGAGAAAAGGGAACAAAAUUUUAUUGCAAAUGAAAAUUAUCUUUUGAGAAUGCAAGACAUUUAUGGAAUUUUCUUCAUUCUUCUUUUUGGAUAUGGAGUAAGUUUUCUUACAUUCAUUUUCGAACUGAUCUCUCGACACAAGUUUGAACAGAUCAUAAAUAAAUUAAUUGGUUCACGAAAUUGA